CGUACCGGUGUGCUGUGACGUCAUCGCGGAAGUAGCUAGCAAGACUACACCUGCUGUUGAAUACGACUCACUCAGGUAAACAGGUGCGAUGGCGGGGUCCUGGCUGUAGGGGGCGAGCAUGAUGCACAUCCUGGUUGCCAAGCUGCUGGGUCUGCUGGCGCUGUUGGCGCUCAUGCUGGCCGGCGUGCUGGUGCCGGCGCGCCUCCUGGCGGCCGACCGCCGCAAAGCGCAAAGUUACCGCCGCGCCGUCUCGCUCUGCAACGCCUUCUCGGGGGGCGUGUUCUUGGCCACCUGCUUCAACGCGCUGCUGCCGGCGGUCAGAGCCAAGGCGAACGACGUGCUGCAGCGGCUGAAGGUGGGCGGCGACUAUCCGGCGGCGGAGACGAUGAUGAUGGUGGGCUUCUUCGUCAGCGUCUUGGUGGAGCAGAGCGUGCUGACCUUCAGGAAGGAGACGCCGUCCUUCAUCGACCUGGAGACUUUCAACCGGGGCAGCUCGGAGGCGGGCAGCGACUCGGAGUGCGACGCGCCCUUCCUCUCCGAGGGACGCCGUCACGGCCACCGCCACGGACACCUGAACCCCACGCAGCUGGCGGGGGCGGGGCCCGUGCGCCUCGCCAGUCUGGUCCUGGCUCUGUCCGCCCACUCGGUUUUCGAGGGCGUGGCGCUGGGCCUGCAAGAGGACGCCGCUAAGUUCGGCCGCCUCCUGCUGGGCGUGGCCGUGCACGAGACGCUGGCCGCCGCCGCGCUGGGCGUGAGCGCGGCCAAGGCGGCCCUCGGCAUGAAGGACGCCGCCAAGAUGGCCGUGGCCGUCAGCCUGAUGAUCCCGCUGGGCGCCGCCGUAGGCGUGGCCAUCGACUCUGCUCAGACACUAGCGGGGGGCGUGGUCUCUGUGGUGCUGCAGGGGCUCGCCGCCGGAACUUUCCUCUUCGUCACCUUUUUCGAGAUCCUGGCGCCAGAACUGGAGCACCAGGCAGACCGCCUCCUCAAAGUCCUCUUCCUGGUCCUCGGAUACGCCGCACUCGCCGCCCUCGCCUUCAUCCGAUGGUGACCCCCCCUGACCUUGCAGGUCAGAGUGCGCUUGGCACUAGACCUGGACAGGUAGAUCUAAGAUGAUAGACUACAAUGACACAGGGAUCUAGAACGGGCAGAGCUACUAGUAGAUCUGGAAUGACUAGAACAUGUAAAUCUGGCACAAACCCAACUAGUACAACAGAUCUGAAAUGACUCAAACAUGUGAAUCUGGAACAAACCCAACUAGAACCACAAAUUUGGAAUGACUAGAACAUGUGAAUCUGCAACAAACCCAACUAGCACCACAGAUCUGAAAUGACUCAAACAUGUGAGUCUGGAACGAACUCAACUCGAAACACAAAUCUGGAAUGACUAGAACAUAAGAAUCUGGAACAAACCCAACUAGAACCACAAAUUUGGAAUGAAUAGAACAUGGGAAUCUGGAACCAACUCAACUAGAACCACAGAUCUGGAAUGACUAGAACAUGUGAAUCUGGAACAAACCUAACUAGAACCACAAAUCUGGAAUGACUAGAACAUGGGAAUCUGGAACAAACCCAACUAGCACCACAAAUCUGGAAUGACUCAAACGUGAAUCUGGAACAAACUCAAAUAGAACCACAGAUCUGGAAUGACUAAAACAUGUGAAUCUGGAACAAACCCAACUAGAACCACAAAACUGGAAUGACUAGAACAUGGGAAUCUGGAACAAACCCAACUAGAACCCCAGAUCUGGAAUGACUAGAACAUAAGAAUCUGGAAAAAAAAACAACUAGAACCACAAAUUUGGAAUGACUAGAACAUGGGAAUCUAGAACAAACUCAACUCGAACCACAAAUCUGGAAUGACUAGAACAUGUGAAUCUGGAACAAACCCAACUAGAACCACAACCUUGGAAUGACUAGAACAUGUGAAUCUGGAACAAACCCAAUGAGACCCACAGAUCUGGAAUGACUAGAACAUAAGAAUCUGGAAAAAAAAACAACUAGAACCACAAAUUUGGAAUGACUAGAACAUGGGAAUCUGGAACAAACUCAACUCGAACCACAAAUCUGGAAUGACUAGAAAAUGGGAAUCUGGAACAAACCCAACUAGUACCACAGAUCUGGAAUUACUCAAACAUGUGAAUCUGGAAUAAACUCAACUCAAACCACAAAUCUGGAAUGACUAGAACAUAAGAAUCUGGAAAAAAAACAACUAGAACCACAAAUUUGGAAUGACUAGGACAUGGGAAUCUGGAACCAACUCAACUAGAACCACAGAUCUGGAAUGACUAGAACAUGUGAAUCUGGAACAAACCCAACUAGAACCACAACUCUGGAAUGACUAGAACAUGUGAAUCUGGAACAAACCCAACUAGACCCACAGAUCUGGAAUGACUAGAACAUGGGAAUCUGGAACAAACCCAACUAGAACCACAACUCUGGAAUGACUAGAACAUGUGAAUCUGGAACAAACUCAACCAGAACCACAAAUCUGGAAUGACUAGAACAUGUGAAUCUGGAACAAACCCAACUAGACCCACAAAUCUGGAAUGACUAGAACAUGGGACUCUGGAACAAAGUCAACUCAAACCACAAAUCUGGAAUGACUAGAACAUGGGAUUCUGGAACAAACCCAACUAGAACCACAGAUCUGGAAUGACUAGAACAUGUGAAUCUGGAACAAACCCAACUAGAACCACAAACCUGGAAUGACUAGAACAUGGGAAUCUGGAACAAACCCAACUAGCACCACAAACCUGGAAUGACUAGAACAUGUGAAUCUGGAACAAACCCAACUAGAACCACAGACCUGGAAUGACCAGAACAUGGGAAUCUGGAACAAACCCAACUAGAACCACAGAUCUGGAAUGACUAAAACAUGUGAAUCUGGAACAAACCCAACUAGAACAACAGAUCUGGAAUGACUAGAACAUGUGAAUCUGGAACAAACCCAACUAGAACCACAGAUCUGGAAUGACUAGAACAUGUAAAUAUGGAACAAACCCAACUAAAAACCACAAACCUGGAAUGACUAGAACAUGGGAAUCUGGAACAAACUCAACUCGAACCACAAAUCUGGAAUGACUAUAACAUGGGAAUCUGCAAAAAAACCCAACUAGAAUCACAAAUCUGGAAUGACUAGAAAAUGGGAAUCUGGAACAUACCCAACUGGUACCACAGAUCUGGAAUGACUCAAACGUGAUUCUGGAACAAACCCAACUAAAACCACAAAUUUGGAAUGACUAGAACAUGUGAAUCUGGAACAAACCCAACUACAACCACAUAUCUGGAAUGAACUCUUUUUACAGGAAGCUCUAUUGGAUAGUACAGGUGACCCUGGAAAGGACUACACUAGAAUGACACAAAGAUCUAGACCUGUUUGAACUGUAUUUAAGGGAAAGGAUAGAACUGUAUUUAAAGGAAGAACUAGAACGGAUAGUACUAUAAUUACUGGUAUAUCUAGAAAGGAUAGAACUAUAAUUACAGGUAGAUGUAGGAGGGAUAGUACUAUAUAUAUAGAAAUAUCUGGAACGUAUAGUACUGUAUUUAGAGGAAGUCUAGAACAGCACUAAUUUCAGGAAAACCUAGAACGAAUGGAAAUAUUGGAACUAUAAUUACAGGUAGAUGUGGGAGGGAUAGGCUAUAACUACAGGUAGCUCUAGAAUGGAUAGUACUAUGAUUAUAGUAAGAUCUAGAACAGGUGGAACUGUAAUUACAGGUAGGUCUAGGUGGGCUAGACCUAUAAUUAUAGAAAGAACUAUAACGGAUAGGACUGUAUUUAGAGGAAGUGCUAGAACAGAUAGAACUAUAAUAUAGGAAGAUCUAGAACGGAAAUAACUACAAUUACAGGUAGUUCUAAGAGGGAUGGACUGUAAUUAUAAGUAGCUCUAGAAGGGGAUAGAACUAUAAUUACAGCUAAAUAUAUAAGAGGGAUAGAAAUAUAGUUAUAGGAAGAUCUAGAAAGGAUAGAACUGUAUUUAGAGGAAGUCUAGUACCGAUAGUACUAGUUUCAGGAAGCCCUAGGUCGGAUGUAACUAAAAUUACAGGUAGAGCUAGAUAGCUUAGAACUAUAAUUACAGGUAGAUGUGGGAGGGAUGGACCUAUAACUGCAGGUAGUUCUAGAAGGGAUAGCACUAUAAUUGUAGGAAUAUCUAGUACAGGUAGGAUUGUAAUUACAGGUAGAUAUAGUAGGGAUAGACCUAUAAUUAUAAAAAGAUUUAUAACGGAUAGGACUGUAUUUAGAGGAAGUGCUAGAAAAGUUCAACUAUAAUUAUAGAAAGGUCUAGAACGGACAGAACUAUACUUACAGGUAGAUCUAGGAGGGAUAGACUUUAAUUACUGGUAGAUCAAGAAAGGAUAGAACUGUAUUUAAAGGAAGAUCUACAACGUAUAGACUAUAAUUUUAGGAAGACCUAGAACGAAUGGAACUAUAAAUCCAGGUAGUUAUAGGAGGGACAGAACUAUAAUUACAGGUAGAUCUAGAAGGGAUAUAACUAUUAUUACAGGUAGAUUUAGGAGGGAUAGCCUCUGUAAUUACAGGUAGAGCUAGGAAGGAUAGACUAUAAUUAUAGAACAAUCUAGACAGGUAGAACUGUAAUUACAGGUAGAUCUAGGAGGGAUAGACUAUAAUUAUAGAAAUAACCACAACAGGUAGAAAUGUAAUUACGGGUAGAUAUAGGAGGGAUAGAUUAUAAUUAUACAAAGAUCUAAAACAGGUAGAACUGUAAUUACAUGUAGAUCUUGGAGGGAUAGUCCUAUAAUAUAGGGAGAUCUAUAACGGAUAGGACUGUAUUUAGAGGAAGUGCUAGAACAGAUAUAUCUAUAAUUAUAGAAAGAUCUAGAACGGACAGAACUAUACUUCCAGGUAGAUCUAGGAGGUAUAACCUAUAAUUACAGGUAGAUCUAGGAGGGAUAGAACUUUAAUCAUAGGAAGAACUAGAAAUGAUAGAACUAUAGUUCCAGGUAAAACUAGAAGUGAUAGUACUAUAAUUAAAGGUAGAUCCAGAAAUAAUUGAGCUAUAAUUCCAGGUAGACCUAGAAAUGAUUGUACUGUAAUUACAGGAAGAUCUAGAACAGGUGUACCUGGAAAGUACAAAACUAAAAUGGCUAGAACAAUAGUUACAGGUAAAACUAGAAGUGAUAGUACGAUAAUUAACAUUAGAUCCAGAAUUGAUUGAACUAUAAUUGUAGGUAGAUCUAGAAAUGAUAGUACUAAAAUUCCAGUUAGGUCCAGAAAUGACAGUACUGUAAUUACAGGAAGAUAUAGAACAGGUGUACCUGGAAAGUACAAAACUGAAAUGGCAAGUAGAACUGCAAAAAACAGGACUUGAAUGAAGCAGGUACAUCUGCAAUGGAUAAACGAUAGACCUAGGACGGAUGGAAGCAGGAUUACAGGUCGUUCUAGAAUGGCUAAAACUAGAAUUACAAGUAGAACUAGAACGGACAGAACUAGAAUUGGAAAUGUGUGACGGAUAGAACUACAUGACAGGUCUAGAAAUGAUAGAACGAGAUUAGAUAGAUCUACUAGAAUCAGGUAGAUCUACAAACUAUGUAGACACCUUCAGGCUAAAUCAAUGUUUUGUACGUCGUUAUUUACUUGACUUGAUACGGAUUUUUAUCUUGUGCUUGUGUUCUUGAUCCGAUUUCGUAUAUAAUUAUCAUAUUUGAUAUAUGACAUGUUUCAUGUAUCGAUGUUAAUCAAAUUUAUCAUAUUUGAUAUAUAAAUGAUAAACAUGAAAAACUAAAA